AAUCUUCAUACAGGAGAACUGGCUGCUGUAAAAAUAAUCAAGUUAGAACCUGGAGACGACUUUUCAUUGAUACAGCAAGAAAUAUAUAUGGUUAAAGAAUGCAAACAUUGCAACAUAGUCGCCUAUUUUGGGAGCUAUCUCAGCCGUGAGAAGCUGUGGAUAUGCAUGGAAUACUGCGGUGGGGGAUCCCUACAAGAUAUUUAUCAUGUCACAGGACCUCUGUCAGAGUUACAAAUUGCAUAUGUAUGCAGAGAAACCUUACAGGGCCUUGCUUAUUUGCAUGUGAAGGGCAAAAUGCAUAGAGAUAUAAAGGGUGCAAAUAUUCUAUUAACAGACCAUGGAGAUGUCAAGUUGGCUGACUUUGGUGUAGCAGCAAAAAUAACAGCCACCAUUGCAAAGAGGAAAUCAUUUAUUGGUACCCCUUACUGGAUGGCCCCAGAAGUUGCAGCAGUGGAAAAGAAUGGUGGAUACAACCAGCUCUGCGACAUCUGGGCAGUCGGCAUAACAGCGAUUGAACUUGCAGAACUUCAGCCACCCAUGUUUGAUCUUCACCCGAUGAGGGCUUUGUUUUUAAUGUCAAAAAGUAAUUUUCAACCGCCAAAACUAAAGGAAAAAGCAAAAUGGUCAUCGACAUUCCAUAAUUUUGUCAAGAUAGCACUUACAAAAAAUCCAAAGAAGAGACCGACAGCAGACAGACUUCUUUCUCAUAGCUUUGUAGGGCAGCCUGGUCUUUCAAGAUCUUUAGCAGUUGAGCUGUUGGACAAAGUUAAUAACCCUGACAACCAUACACACUACAGUGAAGCUGACGAUGAUGAUUUUGAGCCUCAUUCUGUUAUCCGCCAUACAAUUCGUUCUACGAACAGGAACAUCAGGGCAGAAAGAACGGCAUCAGAGAUAAACUUUGAUAAGCUGCAGUUUGAGCCCCCUCUACGGAAAGAAACAGAAGCUCGGGAUGAAAUGGUUGUGGCAGCUGGCACUGACUUUGCUUCACAUUGGAAUCCUUUUGUUGAUGGAAGCAGCAAAUCAACACUAAAACGAGCAGGGCCACCUCCGCUACCUCCUAAGCCGAGAAUAAACAGUUAUCCUGAGGAGAACCUCCCAGAUGAUGACAAAUGUCAGACAAUAAAACGCUUCCCAGACUCACAGAACAGAGCCCCACCAGCUCACAGGAGACAGAGUAUCCCUGUUUGUGGGCCUCAGACUGAUUCUUCCCCCAUUGGAAAUGGGGGUGGCAUGCUGAAACUCAUUGAAGAAAAUGCAGAAGGGUCUGGACAAAUCCCUCAACUGCCCCGUAAAAAAGAGAAAAGAGAUUUUCCUAAGCCAGCAAUCAAUGGUUUACCACCGACACCGAAGGUGCUGAUGGGAGCAUGUUUUUCCAAAGUCUUUGAUGGUUGUCCUUUGAAGAUUAAUUGUGCAACAUCAUGGAUACAUCCAGAUACUAAAGAUCAGUACAUUAUCUUUGGCACAGAAGAAGGUAUCUAUACCUUGAAUUUGAAUGAACUUCACGAAGCAACAAUGGAACAGUUAUUUCCCCGAAAAUGCACAUGGCUGUAUGUUAUCAAUAACACCUUAAUGUCCUUGUCAGAAGGGAAAACAUUCCAGCUGUACUCCCAUAAUUUAAUAGCUUUGUUUGAACAAGCCAAAAAAACAGGAUUAGCGGCUCAUAUUCAAACCCAUAGGUUUCCUGACAAAAUAUUACCAAGGAAGUUUGCCUUAACGACGAAGAUCCCUGAUACAAAAGGAUGCCACAAAUGCUGUAUAGUACGAAAUCCAUACACAGGACAUAAGUACCUUUGUGGUGCAUUGCAGUCUGGAAUUGUUCUACUACAGUGGUAUGAGCCAAUGCAGAAAUUCAUGUUAAUAAAGCACUUUGACUUCCCUUUGCCAAGCCCUUUGAAUGUGUUUGAAAUGCUAGUGAUACCAGAGCAGGAGUACCCUAUGGUCUGUGUAGCUAUCAGCAAGGGUACUGAACCAAACCAGGUUGUUCAGUUUGAGACAAUCAACUUGAAUUCUGCUUCUUCAUGGUUUACAGAAAUUGGUGCAGGCAAUCAGCAGUUAGAUGCCAUUCAUGUAACACAGCUGGAAAGAGACACUGUCUUAGUCUGCCUGGACAAAUUUGUGAAAAUUGUGAAUUUACAAGGGAAAUUGAAGUCAAGCAAGAAACUGGCCUCUGAGCUGAGCUUUGAUUUCUGCAUUGAGUCAGUGGUGUGCCUUCAAGACAGUGUGUUGGCCUUCUGGAAACAUGGCAUGCAGGGCAAAAGCUUUAAGUCAGAUGAAGUUACCCAAGAGAUAUCUGAUGAAACCAGGGUUUUCCGCUUACUGGGAUCAGACAGAGUGGUAGUGUUAGAAAGCAGGCCAACAGAAAAUCCGACUGCACACAGCAAUCUCUACAUCUUGGCUGGACAUGAAAAUAGUUACUAA